AUGGCAUCAACAGAAGGCCAGGAGUUCACGGCCAAGGAGGUCGCUCUUCACAGAGAAGCCAACGACUGCUGGAUGGUCAUCCACGGUGAAGUCUAUGAUGUAACAAAGUACUUGCACGACCACCCUGGUGGCGCAGAGGUACUCAUCGAAGCUGGUGGUGUCGACGCAACUGAGGCCUUUGACAACGCCGGUCACUCUGAAGAUGCCUACGAGAUCAUGGCCGACUUCCGCGUCGGCAAGCUCAAGGGCGCAAACAAGCGCAACGCCCCCAAGGCUGUUCGCGUUGCCCCCAAGACUCUUCCCCAGCCCACCACCACCUCCGGCCCUGCCCGUGUUGCCUCUCAAGCCGCCGCCGCCGCCGUUUUCUUGACUCUCGGCGCCGUCGCUGCCCGCCAUGCCUCCAACACCCCCGCCGGCCAGGACGCCAUCGCCGCUCUCCAGCGUCUUAACCUCCACCUCCCCGAGUGGCUCUCUUUCGGCGCCGCUGCUGGCCGCCCCAAGCGCACCGGCUUCGGCUUCGUCGAGGGCUUCGCAGUUGCAUCUGCCCUCUUCGCUGUAGCCGGCACCAUCACCGCCAACAAGCUCUCCAAGCUCCUCCACUACGACCUCACCCCUAUGAAGUUCCGCCCGCACCAGAAGAUGCCCAAGGUCGCCAAGCCUGACCCUCUCCUGCAGCGCGGCUGGCUCGACCCCGUCAACUACCACCCUCUGCCUCUCGCCGAGAAGGAGCUCAUCGCCCCCAACGUCUACCGCCUCGUCUUUGAGCUGCCCACCCCCACCACCGUGCUGGGUCUGCCCAUCGGCCAGCAUGUCGCCAUCAAGGCUGAGAUUGACGGCAAGUCCGUCAGCAGGUCAUACACGCCUACUUCAAACAACUCCGACCUCGGCAAGCUCGAGCUCGUCAUCCGCUGCUACCCCGACGGCCUGUUGACCGGCAAGUACCUCGCCAACCUCGAAAUCGGCAACGAGGUGCUCUUCCGCGGGCCCAAGGGUGCCAUGCGCUACAAGCGCGGCCUCUGCAAGAAGAUUGGCAUGCUUGCCGGCGGCACCGGCAUCACCCCCAUGUACCAGCUCAUCCGCGCCAUCUGCGAAGACGACCGCGACACCACCGAGGUCAGCCUCAUCUACGCUAACCGCACCGAGGGCGACAUCCUGCUCCGCAAGGAGCUCGAGGCCUUUGCUAGACGCUACCCCAAGAACCUCAAGCUGCACUACCUCCUCGACGCGCCCCCCGACAACUGGACCUACGGCGUCGGUUACGUCACGCAGGAGCUCAUGGCCGAGCGCUUCCCCGCCCCGUCCCCGGACACCAAGAUCAUGCUGUGCGGCCCGCCGGGCAUGGUCAACGCCGCCAAGAAGUCGCUGGAGAACCUGGGCUUCGAGAAGCCCGGUUCCAUGUCCAAGAUGUCCGAUGCCGUCUUCUGCUUUUAA